AACAACUAAAUAUAAAAUUUUUCACUUAAGAAUAUUGCAGACAGAAGUCAAAUUUAUAAUAAUAAUAUGACUGAAAAAGUACUAUACAUAAAUUCUAGCGAUGAUGCCAAAAGAAAUUCGAAAUGUGCAAUUUAUUCUGACAUAAUUUUUAUAUUCGAAAAAACUGCCAGAGUAGCUUACCACAUCUUUUUAAUAUUUGUUAGAUUCUGUUUAUCAAAAAUUUAUGGAAAAGGACAACAAAUUUCUUCUAUUAAAAAUGAAUUAUUAAUGGAAUCAGCAACGUUAUUAGCUCAAAAAAUUCGAAAUAAACAACUAAAAAGCAUUGAUGUUGUAAAUGCAUACAUUUCACGUAUCGAAGAAAUAAAUCCUAUAUUAAAUUGUGUUAUAGAGGAUCGUUUUCGACGUGCUAUCAUUGAUGCUUGCAAUGCUGAUAAAUUAAUUGAAUCAGAAAUUCUAACUGAAGAAGAAUUAGCUAUCCAAAAACCACUUCUAGGUGUUCCGUUUACUACAAAAGAUUCUAUACAAGUAAAAGGUAUGUUAAAUACUGCUGGACUUUGGUUAAGAAGAGGUUAUCAGUCUGUUGAAGAUGCUAAAACUAUUCAGUUAUUAAAAGAAGCUGGUGCAAUUCCAUUAGCUCUUACAAAUGUACCUGAACUAUGUAUGUGGUGGGAAAGUUUUAAUACAAUUUUUGGCAGAACUAACAAUCCGUAUGAUACAACACGAACUGUUGGUGGAUCAAGUGGAGGGGAAGGUUGUAUUCAAGCAUCUGGUGGUUCAGCAUUUGGUUUAGGCUCAGAUAUUGGUGGUUCAAUUAGGAUGCCAGCUUUUUUCAAUGGAAUAUUUGGUCAUAAACCCAGUAAAUUAAUUGUAUCAAAUCAUGGACAAUUUCCUCCAUGUACUUCUGACGAACACAAUUCAUUUCUAAGUAUUGGUCCGAUGUGCCGAUAUGCUAUUGAUUUAAAACUCAUUUUAAAAGUAAUUAGUGAUGACAAUUCUAAAUAUUUAAAUUUAGAUGAACCAGUUGAUUUAAAUAAUGUAAACAUCUUUUAUCAACUAAAUGAUGGUGGAGCUAUGCUUGUUCAAUCAGUUGAUAAAGAAAUUGAAAAUGCCCUUUUUGAAGUCGUCAAACAUUUUGAAAAAAAAUUUAGUAAAAAACCAAAAUGUAUUCAAUUAAAAAAAUUUCGGGAAUCACUUGACAUAUGGUUUACAAAUAUGAAAGAUUCAUCUGGCAUUGGUUCAGAUCAACAAUUAGCAAAUUUAGAAGGAAAAAUAAAUCCAUACACAGAACUUUUGAAAUUUUGUUUUGGAAAUUCUAAUCACACUUUGAUUGCUAUUGGUAAUGCAAUUAUAGAAAGAUUUCAAACACAAUAUGGUACACCAGCAUAUUUUCAAUAUGUUGAAAAGCGUGAUAAACUUUUAGAAGAAAUACAAAAUUUAUUAAAUGAGAAUGGAGUUUUAUUAUAUCCAACACAUCCAACAGUUGCACCAUACCAUUGGGAACCAUAUACAAGAAUGUUCAAUUUUUCUUAUACAGCAAUAUUUAAUUGUAUGGGGUUACCAUCAACUGCGGUUCCAUUAGGUUUAAAUAGCGAAGGAUUACCAUUGGGAAUUCAAGUUGUUGCAAAUCAUAAUCAAGAUCGUUUAUGUUUAGCUGUUGCUGAAGAAUUAGAAAAAGCUUUUGGAGGAUGGGUAGCACCAACAGGCUGCUAAUAAAAUUUAAAAUAUCAUGGGAAUAUUUGAAAAAAAUUUUUAAUAUAGGCUUUUAAAAAAUUUAAUUUUGUUAGUUUUUUUUUGCAAAAUGUGAUUUUUUUAGUUUUAUAUUAUUUUAAAUAUGCGACAGACAAAUGUUCACAUUGUGUUUAGCAAAUAAA